AUGCCUACGGAUGCGUCUGGUGCUACACCAUCGAAUAACUAUGGUGGGUUAGAAGGACCAGAAUCCAUGUACUUAAAAUUGAUUUCAUCCGAUGGACAUGAAUUUGUCGUACGUCGAGAUUUCGCAGUGACUGCAUCGCCGACAAUAAAAAACAUGCUUAGUGGCCCGGGACAAUACUCCGAAUCGCAACCAAAUGAGAUUUACUUGAAAGAUAUACCAUCUCAUGUACUUAUCAAUGUCUGUCGUUAUUUUGCUUACAAAGCUAAAUACACAAAUUCAUCGAUUGAUAUUCCUGAAUUUCCCAUCGACAUCCAUGUCGUACUUGAAUUACUUGUCGCAUCCGAUUUUCUCGAUUGUUAA